CUAGAUACAGAGCCCUGCUCAAUCCAUUCCUAUCUAAUCAAAAAAUAGAUGCCGGCAACGCAAGGGUAAAAAUGUCCGUGAUUUUCUUUGGAAGAAUCAUGGUGUUGAGGAUGGCAGUGAUGAUUCCGCAACGCAAUGCUCCAACUUGAUAAAUCACGCAACUUGAUUACCAAAAUCGGACUCGAAAAGUCCGUUUGAUGUUUUUCUCCGUUCCAUGUCAACUAGAUGUUGGAGAAAAACAACACCACAAAACCGGACCAAAUCCAACAUCCUUUCCCUCGGCCACUGAAUGAAGAAAUGAAGGAAUGAAGGAAUGAUCCGGUCCGAUGACGGAACCUUCGCGAUUCAAUCCCCCUGACAUGGGCGGUGUGCCUGUUUUUAACGAUCUCUAUGAGUCCACGGCCAACUACACUAAGGAGAAGGAGGUGGCCGAGGUGGCCGAGGUGGAGUUAGCCGAUACGCCUCAAGGGACUUUGCACCACCCGCUCGGAGACUCCAGUCUUGGUUCAGUCUCCCUUGGCGCGAGCAAGCGUUCUCUGGCCACUGCCUCUUCUUCGUCUUCUUCUCCUCCUCCUCCUACUCCUACUACUACUACUUAUUCCGACCCUGGUGUGUUGAGCUCCCCUGACCCCAAAGAGAGGGAGGAGGAGCCCGAGAAAGGUCCUCCCGCCCCCAAGAGGCCCACGCCACAACCGCCAGAAAAUGAAGGCCAUUCCGUUUGUGGUGUAUCCCAUGAGCGCCGAAUCUUCAUCGGGUCUUUGCCUCCUAGCUUAACCGAAAAGCCUCUACUGGCCCAUUUCUUGGCUUUCGGGCCCAUUAUCGACUGUAAAGUGGUGCGAGAUCGGAGCACGGGCAUUUCCCGUGGCUUCGCUUUCCUCACCUUUGCCUGCGAAUCUAGCGCAGAGAAGGCCCUCAACGCCGAGCGACACGUGGUCGAAGGCAAGUCCAUCCUGGUGUCGCGGGUUCGAAACACACCCUCCGAUCAGUCGGCCACCUCCGCCAUCAACGCCAUCAACUCCACCUCGCGACACGUGGUCGAAGGCAAGUCCAUCCUGGUGUCGCGGGUUCGAAACACACCCUCCGAUCAGUCGGCCACCUCCGCCAUCAACGCCAUCAACUCCACCUCGGCCGCCUCGGGCACCUCGGCCACCUCGGCCACCUCGGCCACCUCGGUGAAGCCACCUCAGAGGAUCAAAUCCAUGGGUUUCUUGGAGGAUAUCGUCUUGCCCAAUCAGCGCCGCAUUUACAUUGGUCCCUUGUUAGACGACGUGACACCAUCGGAUUUGGCUCGGCAAUUCGCUCACUUUGGCGUGAUUCAGGGCAUAUCCCGCCUGAGAGGCUCGGGUGCCACCACGUCCCGGAUUAGCUACGGGUUCAUCGACUUCCAAGAGGUCGUGUCCAUUCGUCGGGCCUUUGCCUCUAAAGUGUUUGUCAAAGGGCGGCACGUGAAAGUUGCCUUGUCCCGAUUAGCCAUGGAAGUGGCAUUGAGCGAAUCCACCGUCUAUUUCUUCGAGGCUCACGUGUAUUGCGACGAAUUGCACUUGGAGAACCACUUCUCGCCCUUGGGUAGCAUCUACCGUUGUCUCCAUUUUCGCCAGUCCACGGGUCAGGCCAGGUCCUUUGGGUUUGUGGAUUAUUUGGAUAAGCACAGUGCCGAUCGAGCGUGCCUGAAUAAAUCUCAAUUGAUGUAUCCGGGACAGUUUGUGCGGGUCUCACGCGCUCUACCGCAAAGGUAUCUGUGGGAAUUUUUCGCCAUUGGUGACACCGAGGCCAAUGCCAUCAUUAAGGAAAUGGAGAAAAAAAUCCCCACUGAAGGUUCUUGGGGUGGAUCCAAUCUAAGAGGAUUCGUCAACCUAAAGACUCCCCUCAAGUCUAAACAAGUUCGCAUCCCGAGUGUCAUGUUGCCGGUCCUGAUAGGCGAACGUGGCAAAACCAUCGCUGAGAUUUGUCGGGACUCGAAAACUCAAAUCACCUUGCCCAGACCGGAUUCGAAUAACCCCAACGUGAUCCUUACUCUCAGAGGAACGGAGCCGGAUCUCGUGACAGCUCAAUAUCUCAUGCAAAGGAUCCUCAAGGCGAAGAUGGCUAAUCCGUAGUGACAAGUGAGUGAAUGCGUGUUCGCGAAAGUUGUCCCAUAUUUCUUUGAGCACACCCACCAAAUCUGUUGAAACCCAUGUGAAGUUGCAAGCCAGAUUUCUAUCUCUGUUCUGAUCGUGACAACCUUGGCAAUGAAUGAGUACCCGGAGAGAAAUGUGAAUCUCUUGUGAACUGAUGUGGCUGGAUCGGGGCAUUUUCUCCUUUGAAAGUAUAUGGCCAUCACUGCUCGUUGACGAAAUGAGAAAUCUAAGUGACAAACUGAACCUCACUCAAGCCCGGACCACGCCACAACCGAUGAGGUUGUUGCCAAUGUCUAUCCAGCAAGUGCGCCAUGGUUCGUUUACUGUCAACACCAUGGGAAACUUAAUGAGUCUUCAUGGACCUGGUUAGUGCGGUCCAAGCACUUCUACGUAUGUGUUUGUGUGUAUCAUAUCAACCGUCCUCGGUUUCCUUGAUAUUGUGUAGAAACCAAGAAGAAAUGCAACCGAACGAAGCCCCCUGUGGCACCAAUCCGUUUCCAUAGGCUCCUCUAGUGAGUGACUCUUACCAUUUACGAGUACACGGACCUCUAUCUCUAUGUUCGACCAGAGUACGUGUAUGUACCUCUGGAUGGGUUUCGCGGCCUGCCAUAUGUGGUUGAUGGUCUUCACGUCUUCACAGACACGCCGCACGGAAGAAAGUGUCCGCCGACGUUGUCGAUAUUGGAGCGCUCUCCCCGAGUUUUCUUCAUCUUCUGCUUUUUCUUGUUCUUUGGGAAGCACAAGCACCGAAGAAAGAAGGUUGGUUGAGAAUUGCGAUGGACAAGCCAGGUGAGUGAACGGACUGUAGUGAAGAGGGAAGGCUCGCUCAUCUCUCAGUUCAAGUGCUUUUUGUGCUGAAUAAAUAACAUACCUGCUA